AUGGCGGUGGCUGGGCAGCUGAUUGGGAAGCAGACCUUGACAGGCCAUUGCCUGGAGCUAAAAUCUUUCCUGGAAUCCUGUGUGCCUGCUUUUAGAAAUGAUGCUAAACUGAAAUUCUUUCUUUUGACUGUGUUGGAACUUAACUUUCCCUUUCUUGUCACUAGUUUGUAUUUCAGGGAGUCCCUGUGUGUUUUCAGCACUGCAGCUCAGCAGAGAAGUACAGGAGAUGAGUGUGGGCCGGAAGAUCCUCGUGAUGAGCCGAAGCAUCCCCUUUCUGACUGUGCCUUAGAGCACAAAGCCAUCAAAUUGGAAGAGCAAGUUCGGGACUUAACUGAACGAUACCGGAAAGCUUUGGCAGAUUCUGAGAAUGUCCGGAGGAGGACGCAGAAGUUUGUGGAAGAUGCCAAGCUCUUUGGGAUCCAGAGUUUCUGCAGGGACCUUGUGGAGGUAGCAGAUAUCUUGGAGAAGACUGCCGAGAGCGCUGCAGAAGAAGCAGAGCCUACUAAUCCAAAUCCGACCCUGCAGAAAAUCUACGAGGGCCUCUCUCUCAUAGAGGCCAAAUUGCAAAGUGUGUUUGCCAAACAUGGCCUUCAGAAGAUGAGUCCUGUUGGCGACAAAUACGAUCCGUACGACCACGAAAUAGUUUGCCAUGUCCCAGCCGAGGGGAUGCAGCCGGGCACGAUAGCACUGGUGACUCAGGAUGGCUACAAACUCCAUGGUCGCACUAUCAGACACGCGCUUGUUGGCGUGGCAGUGGAGUCACAGGAGUGACCGUGGCCUCGCCCCUUGGCAUCUGGGACCUGACUGGGCUGAGGUCCUCUCAGCUCUCGUGACAGCUGCAGCUGCAUGUCUUUACUUAUUUAUUAAGCUAGAUAUGUAUUGUGCGUUGGCUUCUUCAUAAUGCGUGCAGUCAUUUUGCCAUUAAUUAUAAGGUACUUGUGUAUUUAAUGAUCCUUUUUGGAGUAUGUGGAGUAGUACUAGGAGUUCAGCUAUUUGUCAGAAAUGUGGCGUUAUAGCCCGUUCUCUGAUGCUCGUUUCUCCGUUAGAACUUGGAUAGGGAAGGGGAUAUGAGAAAGAAACGGAAAUUCUCUGAGAUUUAGGGCUUCUUGUCUCUCGACUGCAUCUCUGAGAGAUUCCAGCAGUGGCCUUCAGGCAAGUAACUCCUCUGCCUCAGUUUCUGUAUCUGUAUUGAGGGAAUAUAAUAAUACUUACUGACCUACCUCACAGGGAUGUGGUGAGGCUUUUUCUUUGCAGAGCACUCAGAAGAGGAAAAGCUCAAAGGGCUGAGUAUUAUUAUCAGGCUGAUUUGGGUAUCUUCCCUUGUCUCCAGGCCCCCUAGGUGGGAGUCAAGAUGAUUGAUUGCUUGGGGUGACAUUUAGGGCCAUUUUUCUUCUUAUGUCAUUUCAGGAAAAUAAUCCUGAAUUAAUGAAACCUGUCAUGCUACAGUUGAAUAGUUGAGGUUUUAAAGAGAAUUCAGAUGUUGUAUCAAUGUGUUAAUAUUUGUUUUCUAGGUAAAAUUCCAACUUGCCUCCUUGUUCCUAGAGGUAAAACAGGGAGUGAUGGUUUUAGGUAGAGCCAGAAAACUCUCAGAUCUCUCUUUCUUCAACCAAAAAAGUGUAUUCUAGAGGAGAGUAAUCUCUCUUCCCUGGUGGGUAUUUGUGCAUCUUUCAAGCAUGAUAAACGAUACGCUUUUUGUUGCAGCUGCUGGCGAGAUGGAGAUGUGCCCUUAAGUAGGAAAUCUGGACUGCUUUAUUUUCUCAGGCUCUCCAAUAAUGGUACUCAGAUAGCACUAACUUGCAGUUGACAUUCAGAUUCCACCGUUGUGUACUCACAGUAAAUGUGAAACUGUUUGGUUUUCUUUUUUUUGACGCAAGGAGAAAAAAAUCUUUUCUACAAAAGUCUCAAGUGUCCUUGAAACAGUUUUAGAAGCAGUGACAAGAAAGGAAGGAAGAAAGGAAGAGAAGCAGAAGGCAGGGGAACUGAAAGCUGACCUCAAGCCAUCCUCCUAGUUGAAGGCAUGUUGUUGUCACAGUAUGGCAUAUGUAUUUCCCAGAGGUCCUUUUGCCAGGGAGUCCAUUUAUCUCAGCUGAAAGGAUGCAGUCACCCAUUAAGAUCAGAAUUUAACCCUUGAGAGAGCAGUAAGCAGUGUAGUGACAAAAGAAUUGUAUAAGCCAGACUGUGGUUUGCACUAUAUGAAACCCCCAGGCAUGGUGGUUUUCAGAUUAUUUCUUACAAAUUCAUUAAUUCCUGCCUUUUUACUUUAUGGAUCUAUGGCCUGGCAGUUAUUUGAGAUCUGAUUGCAAAAGCUCUUUACUGUAGUGGGUGCCAUCACUGGUUUAGAAGAAAGCUCAUUCUUCUCCCAUUGCUUUGCAGGCUUUGGUUUUGUAAUCCUUUUGUGACGGACUUGAGGGUAACAGCAGCCUCCAGUUAGCAUCUGUCAGCAUUAUUUCGAGUGGGGAGACUAUACACAGAACAUACACAGCUAAUGGCUUGUCAUCAUAGAAUUUUUAGGGAGGUGCUUGUUUUGGUACGCUUCACACAGGCUGCUUUGGUGACUGCUGUGUGUGGGUGACCCGGUGUGGUUUUGUGCCUCUGUGUAGUUAGGUUUGCAGAGAGGGACUUGAGCUUUCAGCCCUGGGACAGUGCUUCAUGGCAGCAGCACAUCACUUCGGAAGAAGCUCUAUUCAGUGCUCGUUUUAUGGCACUGCUGGAAAUGUUGGAGUUACAAAGGACUUACUGGUUGUUGUGUUGCUCAUUGGACAUGCCAACUGAGUGGCCAGAUUAUGCUGUUAACCAAGACACAAAACAGGUGAAAUUUGCAAGGUGUCAAUACAAGUCUUGUUCUGCCUCAUGACUGCCUGCAGCCUCUUCUGCAGAAGCUGUAUGUUCAGCAGGAGCAGCUCAGUUCUCCUCUGCCUCUUUACUCCCUGGUAGAUCAGCUGAGCCAUUUGCAAACAGCAGGGGAGAGCCAGCUGUGGAAAUGAAUGUGUGAUGUGAAAGAUUAUUUAUAAGGAACUGAACAGAAAUGUAAGAGGUUGUUUUAUGUAAGAGGUUGCUUUCUCUCAUAGAAAGGCUGCAACUUAGCUGAGCCAUACUUAAAGUAGCAGGUGGCCAAAAGUGAUGGGAUCCAAAGCACCUUUAAACUGACCCACUGUGCAGCCUGACUGUGAAAGUAUGCUACGUCUGCUUGGUCCUUGGUCCUUGGAUUGUUUGGUAGGCCUGCCUGUCACCUCAGUUAGUACUCACCCUUUUUUGCCUUAAAGAAGUACCCUAAGAUGCACUCCAGACACUGUCUGCAGUAGAAGGUUAUCGGUUCAGCUGGUGUAUCUGGGAUCUGCUUGCACUGAGGCACUGCUGUGUGCUGGAGCAGAAACCUGAGGGCUCAGGUUCCUGUGUAGUGUUUCUGAACCCCCUGCCAAGCUAUUUUCCCAGUUUGUGCCCCAGUUUUGUAAAUCUGUGAAACUUCUGUAGAUCUAAUUAGGCUUUAUGAUGGUUAUUGCAAGAUGUAAGUAGUGCUUAGUAGCUCUUGCAGAAGUUACCAAAGACUGUUGUUGUUUGUCUUGAUUUCCUGCUGGCUUUGAAUUGUGAAAGGGGAAUGAAAGAACCAAACCUGGAUUCCAUCACAGAAUUUACAUUUCCAAGGCAGAAUUGGAUUCCCUUGCCUUUCAAGCACACUUAAUGAUCUCUUAUUGUGGAUGAGAUUGCCUAAGGGUGGAGUGCAUUUGUCCUCUGUGUAGCUUCCCUGUUUGUGCAGAGCUCCCACACAGCACGGUGGGAUGAGUCCCCCUUGGGUGCUCUGCAAAGUGACACCAAAGAGUCUGAGCCGUGGGCUUCUUCCCUGCUGUCACUUUAUUCAAACCAUUUUUGACUUUGUUAGAAGGGAUGGAACAGCAGAGGAGGGCGAGUGCUUCGUGCCUCUGUACCUCGUGCUGCUUUCCACUUGCUCACCCAGCCAUCAACUGAGCUGGGGGUGCAGAGCAGGUAACCCACAGUGUGCUGGUGACGUGUGGAGCUGCAGCUGUGCUUCCCACCAACGUGUUGGCUCUGAGCAGGAGCUGUGCAGAAUGUGAAUAUCGCUUUGCGGACCUUAAAUUCUCAGCUCUUCCCCAGCAGAGCUGCUGCUGGAAGAGAACAGCUGUGAUAAAUCAAUGGCUGCGAGAAGUCCUCUCACUUUUGAAAACUGUAUUUAAGUUUUAUAUUGUGAAUAUUGUAGUGUUUGGUUUUUUUUUUAUUUUAAAACAUGAGGCGUUGUGGUAUUACUUGCGAAGUCAAAUGAACAAAGUGUUGCUAAUCUUCAGAAAUUUUAAGUGCAUUUUAGUUGGUGAGAAACCUAUAUAUAUACUGUAUGUUGUGUUUCUGUGCUGUGCUUACCCAACGGUUCUGGCUAUAUGGAAGAGGAAGACUCGAGUGUGGGACCGGUGCAAGUAAUUGACAACAACAUUUGAGUUAAUGUUGGAAAGGGCUGAUUUUCUUUACAUGUCUGUUUGCUAAUAAAAAAAAAAAGAAUUGCAA